UAGAGCUAAGAGAUGCAGCUGUUCUGCCCUACCUCCAUCGGCAGUCGUGGAGGAAGACCCCCAUCCUUGUGCCUGAUGCGACUGUCCAACCCUCUCCAUUCCCGUUCUCCCCCGGGCCACUGAGACCAAGGAUCCCAGCCCCGGAACCCCGAAAUGGGGAAGUUCAGGAGGGCGGCGGAGAGAAGGGAGGGGGAUGACGAGGGAGAAGGCUGACUCACCCUCUGUGAACCAAGAUUCUCUUCCAACUUCACAGUGAUAAAAGGCCACGCGCUUGGCUUAAAGCGCCAAAGCUGACGCUUGGACCGUGCCCUCGGGACUGGUAUCGCAGGUGGCGGGCCGUCUUCCCCGAGAGACUCCAUGCCGGGCGGACUCUGCUGGGCAGUGCUGCUCUGGGCCGUGGGAGGACUGACCUCCGCUCAGCCGGCCGCAGAGGAGGAGAUCAUUCAGAACCUGAUGCUCCUGCCCAGGAAAGUUAAGCUCACGUGGCAGAGCCCUACCAACAUCACCGAUGCUACCUGUGCCAUCAGCCAAGUGGGCAACUUUGUCACGGAAGACCAGCCAAGGAAGGACACCAACCUCUACUAUUGUAUAUUCGAAAAUCACCGUUUGUGUAAAGGAGCCAAUUUUACAGUCAGCGUCACUACUCGCCAAAGAUCAUUCACAAAACAACUCUUCUUUAAUAACAAAGGGAGGGAAGGGUCGGCAGCAGAAGAUUUCACCUGCGUCGUCUAUGAUAUUAAAUUCCUGAACUGCUCAUGGACGGUGGGCAGGAAAGCCCCAGAAGACGUACAAUAUCAUCUGUAUUCCCAGGCCUCAAGGACGGACGAGGAGAGAGAGUGUCUGCAGUAUCGAGACAACGCCUGCGGAAUCCACGUCGGAUGCCACUACAGUAACCUGUCUUUCUUCAAAAGAUACAAUUACUUCUACGUCAACGGGUCCAGCAAGGAGGCGGAGAUCCAGUUUUAUGACACCACGUCCACAAUGCUCGAUCAAAUCGAACGCUACAACCCCCCACGAAAUAUCGAGGUGAACUGCAGCAAGUCAAACUGUCUAAUUCAGUGGGAAAAGACUGUAACCACCUUAAACCCUCAAAGUCACGAAGUGGCGUAUCAACUGGACAUUCAGAAAAAGGGCGGAGAUAUUAUCCCUCAGAUCCAGAGGGACGGGGAGAGCCAGGGGACGUUUUACCACUUCCCCAGUUACGACGAGCGAGCCGACUACUCCCUCAGAAUAAGAGUGGGAAAUCUCCGCCGUCCGGACGUCCUCUGGGGCCCGUGGAGCGAACCCACGAAGUUCGGGUCCGGAAAGCAGGCCGGGAGCCCGUGGUUGGUCUGGGUGCCGGUGGUCUUUGGGAGCCUCGUGUUCGCCCUGGGCAACCUCUGCCUCUGGAAAAGGUUCCUUGGGACACAGAAGUUCUUCCCUCGGAUUCCCAGGAUUAAGGACAACUUAAAUGACUUUCCUUUCCAAAGCAACCAGAUCAUCUGGGAGGAAUUCAAACAGUCGCCGGAACAGUGCGAGAUCGAAUCGAUCCGAUCUGUAGGGGAAUAGCCUUGAGGAGGACCGAGGCUGGGAGUCACCCCCCCACCCCCAACAUGGGUUCUCAUCUUGGCUCCGCCCCUCGUCUGCUGUGUGACCUGGGGCGAGUCGC